CCUAUAUAAAGAAGGAAACCCAGCACCCUGGGCCAGAAUGGCUGCACCAGUGUCUGAUCACAGGGUCAAAUUUUUCAUCCCAUCCCUGAGAGCAUAUAAUGCAGGACGAUAUCACUGUUAUUGUUAUAACUCUGCUGGGAGGACUGAGAAGAGUGACCCCCUGGAGCUGGUGGUGACAGGUGUCCACCAUGGCAAACCUAUUCUGUCAGCUUUUCCUUGCCCUGUGGUGACUUCAGUUGGGAAUGUGACGCUUCAGUGUGUCUCUUCCAAAGGAUACGAUACAUUCAUUUUGACUGGGGAAGAACUGAAGUUCUCCAGGUCACAAAAGUCACUGCUCAUACAUACUGGACAGUACUUAGCUUUUUUUCCUGAGAUCUCCAUGACAUCCAGCAAGAGUGGUGCCUUCAGAUGUUAUGGAUACUAUACCAAUACCUCACAUGUGUGGUCAGAGGCCAGUGACUCUUUGGAGCUACAUUUCUCAGGUGAGGAAGUCUCCUCAUUCGCUCAACUGACACCAGAAAUCCUUUGUCAUAAGCCCUUCUACCUCAAGGAGGGUUCAAAACCAUAAUUGCUGAAGGGAGCUCUUGACUACUAAGGCCCAGACUAUGAGAGGCCUUGGGACUUUCAGAGCA